AUGUACUGCCUCGGAUUUUUCAGUGUCUUGAUCUCAUGUGUCGUUCUUCUCAUUGUUCAGUCAAGUGAUGGUUCUGAGAUUAUUGGAGGCAAUGAAGUCAAGCCACACUCACUGCCUUUCAUGGCUCUGCUUGAGGGUAACAAGGGCAAUUGUGGAGGGAUACUAAUUGAUGAAGCAUGGGUCCUGACUGCUGCUCACUGUGAUAAAAUUAAGAACGUGUUGCUGGGAGUGCACUCCAUCAGGAGAGAUAAAAAAAAGCAGAUCCAAAAGGUGAAAAAAAGUUUUCCUCAUCCCUGUUUUGAUGCAAAAGACAGGGUCAAUGACCUCAUGUUACUCAAGCUUAACAAAAAAGUGAAGAAAACCGAGACGGUUAAUUGGCUCAAGUUGGGCAACGCUGUCAAAGAUCCUGCAGCUGAAAGCAUCUGUGUGGUGGCUGGAUGGGGAGCAACUAAAAGCAACGCCGAGCAAAUGUCAGAUGUCCUGAGGUCUGUCAAUGUGACAGUGAUUAACAGAGUGAAGUGCAACUCACGUGCCUAUUACAACCUCGACCCUGUUAUCACCAGCAGCAUGAUAUGUGCUGGAUCAGAGACAGCAGAUACCUGUCGGGGAGAUUCAGGAGGACCGCUGUUGUGCAGUGGUGUGUUGACAGGAAUCACUUCCUUUGGACCUAAGGAGUGUGGUGACAAAACACACCCUGGAGUGUAUGCUUUUCUCUCAGAUAAACAACUCCAGUGGAUCAAAAAAAUUAUGACUCAAAAUUAG